UUCUGGUAAUCCGCUAACUGCUGGCGGUUUUUUAUUCCGCUGACUGUUUUCUAGUGAGAGUGUGAAUCAGUCCGGUGUCAAAGGAAAUAGAGACAGCCUUUUUAUGUCUUCACCACAUCCCUGCUUCUGUCAGUCGGAGAUAAAGGCGUCCACCAAAGCUCAGUAAACUUGAUUCCUCCACCAACCGUUAGGGAGCGGAAAGGGUCUCCUGUUCGGCAGUUCGUGGUGAGUGGGGCCGAUCUGAAACGCUUUGGGUUCGGGGAGAGGGGGAAAGCCCCCUGCUCGGCCUGCUGGAGGAAGAAGGUUCAGCUCAUCUCAUGCAAGCAUCAGGGACACAGCCUUUUAAGAUGCAACAGGGAAAAGAAUAACAUCAUACACUAUGGAGACAUGUGUGGACUAAGGAGGAUGUGAAGAUGCCCCAGACUGCUGCUAAAACAUGGUGCCUUUUCCUACUUCUCCUCUCCUUGGUCUUCUUUUGCAUAUACUACUGCUGGUACACCCUACUUUGGAGAUAUGGUGAUUCCAGUAAGCCUUUGAACAGCAGCAAGUCUGCGUGUGGAAGCUGGGCAACUCAGAAAAAGUGGGAGAGCCUUAACUUUAACAUCAGCAGAAAGACACAACUUUUCCUGAAACUGGAGGAUUUCUUCUGGCGGGAGCAUCUUUCUCCACUUUCAUUACCUUAUGGCAUUAAAGGCAGUGAGUUGCUGUUACUUCAAGUUCUUGUUAAAACAUCCAACUACCAUGUGCCAGCCAGCAUUGAGAACCUUGGGUGCAGAACCUGCGUUGUCAUUGGCAAUGGAUUUGUCAUUAAAAACAGGUCCUUGGGAAGCAUCAUCAAUAACUUUGAUGUUGUUAUUAGGUUAAAUGAUGCUCCAGUAAGGGGCUAUGAGGAGGAUGUGGGGAACAAGACCACCAUGAGGUUCUUUUACCCAGAGUCCGCCUCCUACAACCCAACACUGCACAAUGACCCAGACACACUCAUGGUUCUGGUGCCUUUUAAACAGCAAGACCUGCGCUGGCUUAAAGAGAUCAUCUAUAAUGAGAAGAGGGUCAGGAGAGGCUUCUGGAGGCCUCCGCCUCAAUUCUGGUUGGGUGAUGUCAGUAAAAUCCGAGUGCUGGACCCUCAUUUUCUGCAAAAGACGGCAGAUAAACUUCUCAAGAUUAGAUCACAAAAGGGGAAACGGAUUUCUGUGCACCCCACCACGGGCAUCCUUGCUGUCUUUGUUGCACUCAACUACUGUGACAUUGUUCACAUCGCUGGUUUUGGGUAUCCCACUUCACAGAAUGUGCGACAGCCCAUCCACUACUAUGGAUACGACACUAUGAAAUCCAUGAAGAAUUCUUACCAUGAUGUUAAUAUUGAAGCCAAAGCCUUAAAACGACUGGAGGAUUUAGGAGCCAUUUUUUACCUGCACCCACAUUUAUGAUGCAAAGCUCUUUUCCUUUAAAGUCCAAUUUCUGAUCCCAGCAUUAAUUGUGGGAAUAAGUCCUCUCAUUCUAAUUUGACUAAGUGCCUUUUGCAUUCGGAUUAAAUACUUUGCACAUCAAAUCUUUCUAAGGUUACUUGACUGUGAAGUUUCACUCUGGUAUUUCAGCUCAGCAUUUUUCAGACUUUUUUUUCAUAUCUAAUACAACCUUGCAUGACAAUCUUUAACUCUGGGAACAAAUUAUUUCUGUGGAGGAAUCCCAGAAAGUGGCCUCAUAAUUAGAUGCAAUCUUUCAAAGCCUUGCAAUAAAAUACAUUUGUUCAAGCAGUAUUGUUUGGUUUUGCUCUUAGUCUCUCUAAGGUUUGGGACUAAUAUUCAGGUCUGUCAUCCAUCCUUUUGAUAGAAAAAAAUAUCCACAAAAAUAUCACAUUUACUUGUGUUGUUUCAUGGUUGAGGAAUACUUGCUGAAUUCUGCUAUCAUUUAAUCGUUUAAUUUAUUUGUCCAUUCUGUUAAACUGGAUAUUUUUGUACGUUUAAAUAAAUGCAUAAUUAAAAUCUUGAUCAAA